CGCCCAGGGAAUGAUGGAGAGGAAAAAAGAAAGAAACCUGUGACACCUCAUCGUCCCAAUCACAGCAAACCGGGUUAAAAUCACAGAACAUCACAUCAAGAAAAUGCCAGGAUUGAAAAACCGUGUCACAUGGGCACCACUGCUGUUGAAGACAUCCCGCAUCACUUCCUGUGCCAAUGGGUGCUCUCUAGGAAUCACCGCUCAUCUGGCAUACGUGAAUACUGAUCCUGAACCAGUGGAAGGUGUGUUUGUGUAUCCUCUGGGGGAGAAGGAGGUGGUGGUGGGUUUCGAGGCAGUGGUGUCCGGCAGACUGGUCAGUGUGGAGCUCCAGAGUCGUGGAAAGCUAGAGGAAUGCUGUUUGACCUGCUGCCCUGGACCGACGCUUUACGCCCAGUGUGGCCACAACAAGGACUGGGGAUGCUGUGGAGGAACAAGUCUAGACAUACAGUGCUCCAAUGGUCAUCUGUUGCUGGAUGAGGACCUGGAGAGAAGCACAUUUAUAGUGAGCACAGGCCAAAUUGGACCUUUAGAAAUUGUGUCGGUUGUCAUAAGCACUACUCUUGAACUCCCUACGCUUGAAAAUGGUGCCAUCCGACUGGUCUACCCCACAGUGUUCACACCAAUAAUCAGAGCUCGGGUCCAACCGUGCAAAAGUGAAAACGGGGGGAAACUAGAGCAGAACAGCCCGACUACGUGCUUUGGCAGUGCGUCUGGGAAGCAGGAGAGGAUGUUGGAAAUCGGGCACCAGUGUGCCCAUGCUGUCCUAACCAGCUCUGCUACAAACCUUUCAUCUUAUCAGCUCAGCUUCCAGCUGCUGGUUCGAGGAGCCUGUCUUCUAGCCGGUCUGGAAAGCCCCACCCACUCUCUGCGCGCAGAUGCUGACCCCAGCGCACAGUGUGCGUCUGCAACCUACAUCACGCUGGCCGAGGAGCAUCCAUGUGACCGACAUCUGGAGAUAAUUCUGCACCUUAGUGAGCCUCACAGCCCAUUGGUCAUUCUGGAGAGGGGACGGCUCACCUUUAGCGAAUACGAGCAACAGAUCCGCGCUCGACGUGAUUUCAUUCGCUGUGGACGUAAGGAGGCGGAGUCUGAGAAGAGGCUGGAGUUCAUUCGGAAGCGUUACCAUAAGGAUCUGCUCCUGAACCCUGUCCUGAUGCUUAACUUCUGCCCAGACCUCCUGUCAGAACCAACAGAUCUUCAGCAGGCCAGCAGAGAGCUCAUCUUCCUCAUAGACAACACCACCACUAUAUCACAGCACAGCAUCAACAAGAUCAAGGAGGGAAUGUUAGUGGCCAUUAAGAGCUUGCCCACUCGCACCAAGCUAAACAUCAUCGGUGUCUGCUCAACAGUUCGACCUCUGUUCAGCUCCAGCAAACCCUGCACAGAUAGCACAGUGAUGCAGGCGUUGGAGUACAUCCAGAAGAUGCGGUCAGAGCAGGGUGUUGCUAACCUGUGGGGGGCGCUCUCAUGGGUCUAUCGGCAACCAGUGCAACGCACCUGCCCACGACAACUCUUCCUCCUGAUGGAUGGAACACAGAGCAAUGUAGGACGAGUUUUAGAGCUGGUCAGGAGAAACACGUGCAACGUCAGGUGUUUUGGCCUGGGCCUUGGUCCUCUGGCCUGUCGGAGGCUACUGCAGGGCGUUGCCAAGGUUACGGGUGGCAGUACAGAGUUUCUCAGUGAGGACGAGAGGCUUCAGCCAAAGCUGUUGAAAUGUCUGAAGAAAGCUCUGGAACCUGCGUUAACGGAUGUACGGAUCGACUGGUAUGUGCCAGAGAAUGUGGAGGCCAUUCUGUCACCCAAUGAAAUUCCUCCGCUUUACCCUGGCAAUUCCCUGAUUGGCUAUUGCACUCUAUAUGACGUGGGUAGAUUCAAGGCACAGAAAACUGAGGUAAAGUCUCACGCACACAAAGGACGACCACAUGAUUCAGUCGGGUCAGUUUUUGAGCUCUCUCCCUCCACUUCUGAGCUCCUGCAGCCUUUGGUUCCUCGGGAGGAGCGAGAGAGAGAGACGGCUAAAGAGUGUGGGUUGGAGGGAGACUUCGAGGAGGCGUUGAGGGAAAUCACACGAGAAAUCUCGUCCGAGUUCUCCUGCGCACACGCCAGCAAUAACGUCGGCAGCCCUGGUGGCGACACUGACUACAGCAGCAGUGAUGUGCGCUGGCGUAUUCAACAGGACUCGUAUGUUCAGGACCAGUAUGUGUUGACCUGCUGUUCUCUGAGCAGUGAAAGGGCCUACUCCUCUCCAUCUCACCAAGCGGAGAGCUCUGUGCUGGGCAUGGGUUCUCUGCCACACGGCCUGGAGAAAAUGGAGCCUCCGCAGGGCAGAGGGCUCUCACGCUGGGAAUCUCCAUGGGCACAGAAUGCCACCUGUUCGGGGGAAACCACAUAUGGGAAGACCGGCAAGCUGUUGGACCGCGACGAGUCUCACCGCAGACAGAAGGCACUAGCUCGUUCUGCUCUGGCCGGUCGAAGUUUCUCAUCGCCGCAGGGUGACCUGGACAUGCACCGCCUGCGGAGAGCGCUAGAGAGGGUCUCAUUUGAGCAGGCGGUGGGGGGCCGGCUGGAGGAGAGUGACACAGAUACUCACAGUACUCCUCGAGGAGCUCUGUCUCGCCCGAGCUUGACAGAUUCCAGUCUCCUGUUCCCUGGUUCCCCUCUGGACUGGGACAACUUCACCGAUUUGGAAGGCCUGUUUUCAGCCGCUCCCCAGGUCACCGGGGCCCAGUGCCGCUCGGUCAUCCACGGCACACAGGGAGGAAGAUCCUUGUCUUGGGAGGUCUGUGUGGACCUGUCUCCUCUGGGAGCCCCUGAGGGCACAGCAACCCCAUCAACCGGUGGCAGGCCCUGGGAUGAGAUCAUUCACCAGCUGACUGCACGCUCCGUCAUCAGAGACUUUGAAAACAUGGCUGAAAAAGAGACGGAUAUAGAACACGAGAGAGGCCCAUCCAAGAGAUAUCGAAUGAAAGCCAUCCAGACCAGCAAAAGCUGUGGAAUCGUCAGCAUGUACACCAGCUUCGCCACCACAGACACCAAUGUGAGAGGACAGCUGGACAGCAGAGACUUGGAACACACAGUUAUGCGGUUUGGGACCAGACACAGUUCUCAGUCUGGCAGCAGAAGACAUAGGUUGUGUUCGGUCGGAUUCGGACGCCGCUCGUCCAGCAGAGGCAGCGAAGAGACAGAAGAUACGCAUGCCUCCACAGACAGAGACGACACCCCUGCAUCACCCUGCAGCAUGACAUCCUGGGACAGCAGCACAGGUGGAAGCAUCAGUCCGUCAGCUGUGUCGUCUCGAUCUCAGCGUUCUGUGGAGAGUUUCUUUGGGUCCAGGUUCAAUCUGGGCAGACUCAAGAGCAGCAAUGGUCCAGGAAAACAAGCUCCUCUUAAACCUCACUGUCUUUCUGCAGAAACUGACAGACACACAGAUACAGACACACCCGACUACCUGCCACUGGUGCGUCUGCAGCUGGCCUCAGGUGCGUUCUUGCUGUCCGAGUCAUACUCGGAGUGUAUUCUGAUUCCUCUGGAUCGUCUGAAAAGAGCAUCUCCAUACCUCAGCCACCGCAGCAGUCUGAGUCCCCCGUUCCGCUGUACCUCCCCACCCGCUGUGCCUUUGGCUUCAGCAAGACACAGGUCGGAGGACCAAACUUCAGCCAGAGUGCUUCACACCAGCUUGCGGCAUCACCACGAAGAACCCCACAGCUCUGAAGAGGGGUCUCCAAAAUUGAUGGGCGGAGUCGCACAGGCUGACAGUGGGCGGGGCUCUGAGACAGACAUGUGUGAAGGCCCUCCUGUGGAUCCUGCAGAAGAGCAGGGAGAGGAGCUGGCACUGAUGGAUGUAGAGAGUUCGAGCUGGGCUACGGCCGUGGCUUUGGCCUGGCUGGAGCACCGCUGCGCAGGGUUUUUCGUGGAGUGGGAACUGGUGGCGGCCAAAGCUGAUUUCUGGUUGAAGUGUCAAUCACUGCCCGAGGGCGUUGACCUGGCGGGGUUGAGGGCAGCGGCCAGGCAACUUUUUCUCCUGUUACGCCACUGGGACGAAAAUAUCAAACUGAACGUGCUCUGCUACAACCCUAAUAACAUGUGAGGAAGAAACUUGAAGGGACAGUUCACCCAAAGAUGAAAAUUCUGUCAUCAUUUGCUCAGACCCCUAUGCAGGCUUUACCUUUUCAAUGGCCUUCUAUCGAAUUAUGCAAUAGAUUCAGUUAUUUCCAGUACUGUAGGUCUGAGAGAAUGUUCUUGCAGCAAUAUCAAAUCAUGUGACCAUACAUUGAUCUGUAUGAGUCUGACUAGUUUAUUCUUAUUUUUGUCUGUUUCAAGUUUCUUUUAGGUCACCUGUCCGACCAUUCCUGUUUUCUGGUUAGUGAUUGAUUUGUGUGUUUAUAACUGAAUGCUUGCUUUGCCUUAUAAUAUUUCUGAUCGAAAAUCUAGCAAUCUUCAGAAAUGUAAUGUACUUAAUAAAUUUGCUAA